AUGCGUGCUCGUUAGUGAGCAAGUAUAUCUUUACGUGGAGAAUAACGUGUGAUAGUGCUGAGGAAUAGAAAAGAAAGUGUUGGUUCACCACUCAGGCAACAUGACUACAUGGAUCGGGUCGGCAGUGCUGGGGGCGCUCAGAGCCGUGUCCGUCGAGCCCGUGAUGCUGGUGGACGGGGCGUGCAAUCAGGCGAUGCUUCUCUUCAUUGAGAACGUUCAGAUGAACAAAAUUUGUUCUAUCAACCUUGGCCUCCCUGAUCAGGUGUGCAACAACUUGUCUGAACAUCCCGAGGAAGACGUUCUAGUUCAGAGAGAGUUCAGCGUGUUCGCCUUCUACAACAGCAUCAUCAUGUCUAUCAUUCCCCUCAUCUUCGUGCUCUUUAUGGGAGCUUGGAGUGAUAAAUACGGAAGGAAGAUCCCUUUGUUGAUGACGCUGAUCGGCCAUGUUAUGUACGCCGGGGGAUACCUUUUGAGCAACUGGCAGACGUCUUGGCCGGUUGAGGUCAUCUACUUUGUGACUGUCCUGGAGGCUUUGGGGGGCGGCAACGUGGGCCUCUUGUCCACUGUGACAAGCUAUAUCAGUGACAUUUGCCCUGAGAAAACUCGCACUUCUCGCGUCAGCACAGCCAACUCUCUGUGGUACCUCGGGGGUCAG